AUGGCCGCUCUCCGCUCCUCGACGCGAAUCCUCGGCUCCUCUGCGAGGGCAGCUUUCCGCCCCAGCGCCGUCUUCUCGCGGUCCAUGGCGUCGGUCAGCGAGACCACCGAGCAGCAGCCCAAGAUCAAGUCCUUCCAGAUCUACCGAUGGAAUCCCGAUACCCCGACCGAGAAGCCCAAGCUGCAGACCUACUCCAUUGACCUCAACAAGACGGGCCCCAUGAUCCUGGACGCCCUCAUCAAGAUCAAGAACGAGCAGGACCCGUCCCUGACCUUCCGGAGGAGCUGCCGAGAGGGCAUCUGCGGCAGCUGUGCCAUGAACAUCAACGGCCAAAACACCCUGGCCUGCUUGUGCCGAAUCCCCGCCGAGUCCUCGUCCGACGUCAAGAUCUACCCCCUGCCGCACACCUACGUUGUCAAGGACCUGGUGCCUGACCUGACGCACUUUUACAAGCAGUACAAGUCCAUCCAGCCCUACCUGCAGCGCGACACCCCUGCUGAAGAUGGCAAGGAGUACCGCCAGAGCAAGGCGGACCGAAAGAAGCUGGACGGUCUCUACGAGUGCAUUCUGUGCGCCUGCUGCUCAACCUCGUGCCCCUCUUACUGGUGGAAUUCCGAAGAGUACCUCGGCCCCGCCAUCCUGCUGCAGUCUUACCGAUGGUUGAUUGACUCCCGAGACGAGCGCAAGGAUGCCCGCAAGGCCAAGCUCGAGAACUCCAUGAGCCUGUACCGCUGCCACACCAUCCUCAACUGCACACGCGCCUGCCCCAAGGGCCUGAACCCCGGCAAGGCCAUUGCCGAGAUCAAGAAGCAGAUGUCUCUUGGAGCAUAA